UUGUGAAGUGAAGCCUGUCAACAAAGUGUCUGUUCCUCCUAUGUCUGAUUUUGUGAAACUGGGUUUCCAAAUGCGACAGAUGCUGAAGUUUUUACAGAAGCAAGGCCUAAAUGAUGCCUAUGUACUAGGUAUAUUGGUUGAAGGAUUUUGUAUCAAAACGUAUUACGUGGACGCAAAAGGAAGAAACAUCUUCAGAAUGAUCCAACUUAGUAAAGCACGUUUGAUUUCCGACUUUCGUGAAUUUGGAUCCCUUCCAUUGUUAUUCAAGACGAUCGUACAAUUGAAGAAUUUGGCAGCUACACUUGGAAGAAGAAUUCAAAACGACCAACUAGAACAAGCCAAAGGAAAACGAAAAGGUAGUAGCCAAGGAUCUGAAAUUAAGUCUGAAGUUAAGCCUUCAUUGUUUGGACAAUCACCAAUUACUACUACUGAUGACACAUUGUAUCGAUUUGGUCGGCUUCUUGGCUAUGAACGAUUAGUUAAACUCUGGGGAAUUAGAACUAUUUUGGAAAAACAAUCUAACUAUCUACAAGAUAAAUCGGAUGAAAUGAUACACACCAGUAAAUUCAAGGUUGGAGACAUUGUAUAUAUGAAAGAUAUUCGACGUUCAGGUAAAAGCAAAGUGGAUCCUAUCUUCUCGCCUACCGAAUACAAAAUCAUCGCUGCCUACAGAAACUCUUUCAAACUGAUCUACCCUCAAGGUUCUAUCUUCAAGUUUCAAGUCAACGGGAAACAUCUGCGCAAAGUAACUGAACAGGAAGUGGUCCCUGUUGCAUCUACUUCUUCUAGGAUGGAAUGGGAGGAUGAUGGCUGACUAUGAUUUUUUUUUUAUUUCAUGGACUUUUAAAUUUUGUGCCUUUUCUUUUUUAUGUCCUUAUUUCUUUUUGUCCUCCUUUCUUUUUUUAUUUCUUUAGCCUUUUUAUUGUUAUUUUUUUUUAUUUUAUUUGAACCGUGACAAUUCACUAUAAGUACAUUC